GCUGUUGAGAAGACCAUGUCCACAGAGUGUCGCUGUCACGGUGUCUCUGGGUCCUGCACCGUGAAGACCUGCUGGAAGACGAUGGCUCCCUUCAGAGAGGUGGGGGCGUACCUGAAGGAUCGAUAUGAGAACAGCGUCCAGGUGUCAGACCAGUCCAGGAGGAAGACGAGGAGGAAGGACCGACGACACGCGGUGGACAAACACCAGCUCAUUUACCUGAACAGGUCUCCCAACUACUGCAUGGAGGACCCCCUGCGGGGCGUGGCCGGCACCAGGGGGCGUCGCUGCAACAGGACGUCCGGUGGUCCGGACAGCUGCAACCUGCUGUGCUGCGGCCGUGGUUACAACACACACCUGGAGAGACACGUCCAACGCUGUGAGUGCAAGUUCAUCUGGUGCUGCUACGUCCACUGCAGGCGCUGCGAAAGCAUGAACGACACGCACACCUGUAAGUGACCACACACCUGGAGACACACCUGUAAGUGACCACACACCUGGAGACACACCUGUAAGUGACCACAUACCUGGAGACACACCUGUAACUGACCACACACCUGGAGAUGCACCUGUAACUGACCACACACCAGGAGACACACCUGUAACUGACCACACACCUGGAGACACACCUGUAACUGACCACACACCUGGAGACACACCUGAAGGUGACCACACACCUGGAGACACCUGUAAGUGACCACACACCUGGAGACACCUGUAAGUGACCACACACCUGGAGACACACCUGAGGUGACCACACACCUGGAGACACACCUGAGGUGACCACACACCUGGAGACACACCUGAGGUGACCACACACCUGGAGACACACUGAAGGACACACCUGAGGUGACCAAACACCUGGAGACACACCAGGAGACACACCUGAGGUGACCACAUACCUGGAGACACACCUGGAGACACACCUAAGGUGACCACACACCUGGAGACACACCUGGAGACACACCAGGAGACACACCUGGAGACACACCUGAGGUGACCACACACCUGGAGACACACCUGAGGUGACCACACACCUGGAGACACACUGAAGGACACACCUGUAAGUGACCACACACCUGGACACACCUGGACACACCUGAAGGACAGUUUUCUAUUUAAAGAUACAAAGUGAGGGACAGGAGAAUACUGGACAUUUGUGGACAAACUGAUUUGAAUCUUUUCGUUCUUCUGGACACAAGUAAAAGGCAAUAACAUGUUAUUAACAUGUUAACUUGUUUAUAACAUGUGAAUAACAUGUUAAUAACUUGUUAAUAACUUGUUUAUAACAUGUUUAUAACAUGUU